CCGGACCCGGGUACGCGUCUUGUGCCCGCCCCCUCCGACAAGGCACAGCAUCCACGCGCUGCGUGAUCCCCAUCACAGACCGAGAGCCGAUGGAGUAGUAGUACUCGUAGUAGUGGGAGUGCUCUCGGCUUCCUUUCGCCCUCUUCUCCUCCUCUUUUUUUUCCAUUAAUGGAUUCGCCUUUUCUCCGGAUUACCGCUUCAUCCCAUCGCGAGUGAGCCGCCGUGAAUCGCGAGAGGAGAAGUCUCCCGACAGGAGACAAGAUGGCGUCCAACAACACCCUGCGCAGCUACUCCAUCAUCCCGUGUUUCAUCUUCGUGGAGCUCGUCAUCAUGUCCGGCACGGCGCUGUUGGCCUACUACAUGGAGUGCACCGACCUGUUCAGCGUGCACAUGCAGGGCUUCUUCUGCAACGACGCCGAGCUGAUGAAGCCGUACCCCGGCGCAGAGGAGACCAGCUUCAUCCCGCCGCUCAUCCUCUACUGCGUGGUGGCUGCUGCUCCCACCGCCAUAAUUUUCAUCGGCGAGGUGUCCAUGUAUGUGAUGAAGUCGACGAGGGAAGCCCUCCUGGCCCAGGAGAAAACCAUCGUGACGGGCGACUGUUGUUACCUCAACCCCCUCAUCCGCCGCAUCAUACGCUUCGUCGGUGUGUUUGCGUUCGGUCUCUUUGCCACAGACAUCUUCGUCAACGCGGGCCAGGUGGUGACCGGAGGCCUCUCGCCCUACUUCCUGUCCGUCUGCAAGCCCAACUACACCGGCACCGAGUGCCGCUUUAAUCACCAGUUCAUCGUCAACGGCAACAUCUGCACGGGGAACCCCGUCGUCGUGGAGAGUGCUCGCCGGUCGUUCCCAUCCAAGGACGCGUCGCUGAGUGUGUACUCUGCUGUGUACCUGACGAUGUAUAUCACCAGCACCAUCAAGACCAAGUCCAGCCGCCUGGCCAAGCCUGUGCUCUGCCUGGGCACGCUCUGCUCGGCCUUCCUCGCCGGCCUCAACCGGGUCUCAGAGUACCGGAACCACUGCUCGGACGUAGUGGCCGGAUUCAUCCUGGGUUCGGCCAUUGCUCUGUUUCUGGGUAUAUGUGUUGUGAACAACUUCAAAGGCGUCCACAGUGCAGCGGCUAAACAGAAAACCGAAGACUACCGCGGUCUUCCUCUGAUGACUUUCCCCCGUGUAGAGAGCCCUCUGGAGACCCUCAGUGCACAGAACCACUCGGCAUCGAUGACGGAGGUCACAUGACUAAGGGGGCAGCACCGGGUCACGUUUGCGUCUCCACAGCACUUCCAGACACAAUGACGAGGGACGCAUGUCACGUGGCUCUGAAUGCUUAACAAAAAACAUAGCUGAUAUAUCUGUUUAAUUCACCCGUGGGAGCAAAGUAUACCAUGUUUCUAAAGGCUCUGGUCCAGUCGGGGCCCACCUAUUGCAUCGGUGAAAACACAUCACAAGGCAAAACUUAAGCACAUAUUGUUGUUUUCCAGAUAUUUGGGACCAUUUGAAACACGGGGCGAUAUUUUGCCUCCACGGCGCGCUGUUUGUAGUUAGAGGACGAUGUUUUGUACAUUUUGUAUGAGCGAGUGCUGUAGCCUAACCUGACGGUGUGAAACCUGCGCACUUCCUGUCAGCUGACUCACCCUGUUUUACAUCACAUCCUGCCAGAUGAUUUGCCUCGUCGUCGCCCGUUCCCUCCAGUCUGAAAAACGUGCUAUGGAAAAAAUAUUGAUGUUGUCGUUCUGUGGUGUUUGUCAUCUGUACAGAAAAAAAGACAGAAUCCUUCUUUUUAUUAUCUCUCUCUGUACAUUGAUCGACCGUGUCGGGUCAUAUUUUGUAAAGAUUUUUGUCAAUCUGUAUGACUAUUACGAUCCAUUUGGACCUGUUUGCCUGCUGUGUAAACCUGGAUAUGUUUUGGUAUCAGUUUAGGUGUUUUGGGGAAUGACCCCUGUCUCCUGUGGAGGAAACCACAAGGAAGAGUCAGUGACAUCCUCCGAGUCAGAAAAUGGGGUUUGGCACUUGUAGUGCCAUUAUAUGAGCUGAAAUGAGUAUGAAGUGAAAUUCACGCAAUCAGAGUGUUUCACCCCAAUUUCCUGAUUCACUGUGAUGUUAAUAGGAUUUUUUUCUACAGAGAGGUCCAGUGGGGCUAGCCUGUGCCAGAUUCACCUGAAGAUUUCACUGCUAUGGCAGUACACUUAAAGCUGAAAUCGCAGUAGAGGACAUCUUCAUCGAGUACAUUUAAAAAGAGAAAAAGAGAAGAAAAGAGACUUGAAAUGCUCCCUGAAGUGACUGUGUGACUUAGUUAAGGCCUGGCUAGCCCUUUCAUUGGAAACCAGGCAAAUGACUCCUGCUUCACUUUUCCUCCUCGAGGCCCCCCCCCCCCCCCCCCGACCCACCAGUGGAUUGUGAUGCAAUGUUGUGACUCCAUUUCCCAUUGGAAGAUACGCCUAGCAUGAAGAGAGAGGUCAAGAUGUUUUAUAGAUAUUCAUGAUUUCAAUUAUACUCAUUAUCAUUGUGACUAUAAUUUCUUUUUUUUUUACUUUAAGAACAAAACAAAAAAAAGUGUUUCAUUUGAAAUGCUACAUAUAUUUUUUUCUUCAUUUGACCACAAAUUAAAUAGUCAGUAGCAACAA